AUGUCCGACCUAUCGCAGACCCCCACCAACUCUGUUACUCCUCAGUCCCCCUCCGCCGACGACUUCCAGGCUCUCAAGGAAAAGGUCAUCGAGCUCGAGCGGCAACUCGCCGAGCUCAGAGGCACCAUCGACCCCGACUCCUUCAACAAGCGGUUCUCCGACGCUAUAACUGACUCGCAUAAGGAGCUCUGCCGAGUCCUUACUUGGCAGUACGUCUCGAUCUGUCGGCGUCUCCUUAUCAUCGAAGGUCGUCUAGAUAUCCCCGAUUCGUACAUUUCUUGUGUCGUGCCGGUCGAUUUUAGAUGCCAUGAUCUUGUCGUCACUGUCCCAGAAAUCACCGUCGCGGACUUUGCCAGGCGCCCCAUGCCGUUUGCGCUCAUGCCCGACCCUACGCGACGCUUCACCCGGGCCAGUUCUUCGUCGGUCAGGUAG